CAGGUUACUUCAUGGCUAAAGAAAAUAUAUGGCAAUCAGCCAAUUCCACAAUACGAAGUGAACGCGUGGACGGUGGACUUCUUGUAUGAGCUUGCAGAACGCAGUGAAGCCAGAGACAGGGAUGUUUCUUUGCUGAUAGAGGACACCAAGCGGGAGGCAGAAGAAUAUGAAGCAAAAGCUAACUACCUACAGAGCAUUCUCAUGGAAAGCCUGGGUCUUUCCAUGUCCUGUCUGUCCAGUGAAGGCAUCAGCUUCCUGGAUGUCCUGGUGAACAGUGCAAUGACACUCGAAACAAAGGACACUUCUCUUACCAGCUUCUUCUGUGCCAUCAAUGAUAUGACUUCAGAGAUUUUUGCAACACAAUCAAAAGUCAGUGAAAUGGAACGGAAAUUGAAAAAGAUGAUGAAAAAACUAACUAUAGCACUGACAAUGGAAACGCAGUUAGAGGCGGAUGUUCAAAAAACAGAGGAACAACUGCAACUACGAAAGCUCAAAGCUGACUGCGAAUUCCAUAAAAUGAAAUUCCUGCGAGCUAAGUCUGAGGAUUUAAAAAUCAGGAUCAAGGCUGCUGAGGAGGAGCUUCUUGCCAUGGGGUUGGACCAGUCGCUGACCCACGAGUCACUCGUGAAUCUCUCUGAGGAAGUGGCUAGUCUGCAGAAAGAAGUUGUGGUUUUGGAGAAGGACCUUGAGGCCUACCAAGAUUUACCUCCGAAUCUUUCCCUUGCACGAGUGAGGAUCGAAGAAGCAAAGCGAGAACUGGAUGCUGUGGAGGAAGAAUUCUCAAGGGAGGUUGACACGAUGGUUGCUGCGUUCACAGAGUCCAGAAAACGUCCUUUCAAAUGA